UUAAAGCUAAUUUCCUAAAUGUUCUAUCAUACUAACUGCGGUUACAAGUGUUGUUUGGUUGUUUACAAGCUCCAUUGAAUUUCUGAAUGUAUAUUACGAAAGUAGAUCUCUCUUAAAAAAAUUAUCAGCUCUCAGUGCUGAUUGUCACAGAUAGACAUGCCGAAGCGCAAGCUGUUAUCCUUUCAGAGGGGUAGUAUCAAGAAAGAAGAGGAAGAUACAGAUUCGGAUUUUAGCGAUAGUGAAACACUGACUAAACGUAUUAAGCCCGAUUUAUCUCCUCCUAAUUCAGAUGAAGAAUGUUAUAGUUCUGACACCAAUCAGGCUAACUUAUUAUCUAGUGACGUAGAUGAUGAGCAGAACGAUAAUGUUUCUGAUUCUGCGAAGAAUUUACAAAAUAAUAGUGGGACUGAUACUGACACAGAAAAAGUGAAUGAAAUCGAGUACGAUAGUUAUCGAAGCUUCAUGAAAUCUUUCCAGUUUUUCUCUGAUCAAGAAUCUUCUGAGAGCGAUACUCAAGAUCAGUUUCUACGAAACUUCACUUUAACCAAGGCGACUGGAAACAUUUCUCAGAGGGAAAAGGAACUGAGAGAUCAGUCUCAGAAAAAGCAGGCAGCAAAUUUGAAAGAACAAUCUGAAUAUGCAUUAUUUAAUGAGGAUAAUGUUCGAGUGCAAACAAUUUCCGAUAGUGUUCGAGUUCUUGGAUAUUAUCUCAAAAAUCUUGAAAUCAUCUUCAUGGAUCAUCCAUCAUCUGUGCCCAUAGUUGGCUAUUUGAAGGUAACUCUCAUUGCUGGCAAAGCCUCUAUUCAAGGUUAUAAACUUAAGGUGAACAAGCCAAUUAUUGUGUUUUCACAAAAGCAAACUGGUAUCUUAUCUGUUACAAGUCAUUCUUGUGAUGACGAAACAGCGUGUACUGAGGAGGAUAAUGUUCGAAAUAAAUUGUCACACUAUUUGCUUGGUGUACCAGCCAGUCAUAUAAAAGACUACAUCAAGAAGAACAUGAAUUACUCCAGCACUGUUUUUAUACUGCAAAGUAUUAUUUUAUCUUCACCUUUACAGUUCCUGCAAGUUUAUUCUCCUUGUGCAACAUCUUUUGAGAAAAAAAAGAAGAAGAAGCUAAAUAAUGAAGAAUUAAAAACAAAGUUUACAGGUUUUACAGAAAAACAGGAAAACAUACUUGAAUUUGGAUCUGAAUAUGAAGAAAUAUUUUCCACAAUCCAUAAGCAUCUUUUAAGAAUUAACCGACGAAAACCUGGAGAGAGCAGACUAACACCAACAGAUUCUGAAGAAUCAGAAGAUGACUUAAGGAAUGAGCCUGACUUUAAAAAAGUUACUGGGUUUCGUAUACUUAUUUCUGGCCCAAGAAAGGCCGGAAAGUCAACUAUGUUGAGGUAUUUAGUCAACAGUUUUUUAAACAGAUAUCCAGAAGUAUAUUACUUAGAUACUGAUCCUGGUCAAUCAGAAUUCACCCCUCCUGGUGGUAUCAGUUUAGUGAAAGUAACACAGCCUUUAUUUGGUCCUGCUUACUCUCAUAUAAAAAAGCCUGUAAAAAUGAUAUUUACUGGCACUAUCACUCCUGAAACUUCACCUCCAAUGCACAUGAGAAGCAUUACCAGGAUGAUAAAAACUUUCAACUCUCAUUUUCCUGAUAAAAUCUUAGUAGUGAAUACUAUAGGGUGGCUGACAGGUGUUGGUAAUUUAAUUCAUGAACACAUCAAGAAAACUUUAUUGCCUGUGGUUGAAAUUGAACUGAGUUCUUCUUUGAGUGAUCUAGAAAUGACUUUAGAAGGAAGGUUACUCAGAUGUUCUGUUGGCUUUGAAAGAGAUGCAGCAACUUCCACUAAGCAGGGCGACAAUCGUCCUCAAGAUUUGAGAGAUUGGGCACUCUUAUCAUAUAUUGGCCAGUGUCAAACUUAUUUUUUACAACCACAUACCCUGAAUGAAUUCAGACCUGCCUGCAUUUGUUGGGACAACAUUGCAGUUUAUAAUUUCAACAAAAGAUUGAUGCAUAACAGAUAUUAUGAGGCUCUUAAUGCCAGUGUUGUGGCUCUCUGUCAUGUUAAAGAAUCUUGUAUAUUGACUCCUACAAGUCCUGAUUAUCCUCUUACUUUAGAAGAGGAGCCUGACAAUGACUGCUUAGGCUAUGGUUUUGUGCGAGCUGUUGAUGAAGAACAACAUUUGCUUUAUAUAGUCACUCCACUUAGUUGCAAUACAUUGAAUGACAGAGUGAACGCUAUAUUAAGCGGAAACAUUCUUAUCCCUCGUGAUGUCAUAUAUAAACAGAAAAUACUAAAUGUGGAACUGGACUAUACUGAUGGAUCUACAGAAGGAAGAACUGAAUUACGAAAAGCAAUCAGAAAGAGAUCAAGGGGGCAUUCAUCAAAAGACAGGCGUUUUUAAUUCUUUUAUACUUUUUAUUGCUAUCAUUCUUAAGAUGUAAAAUUUGGAAAUCUCGUGCAAUUCAUCUGAGUUUUACCUAUGUUUAAGCAUUUUUGAAAAAUAAACAUUUUCAUUUGCUUGUUUUCCACCCCAUCUGUAUUCUUAUUGUUAAUACAAUAAAAGUUCAUAAAAAUUA